UUCGGUUACACACGGUUCAAGAGACCGAUGCGCUUGCUUCCACACGGACAUAACUGUCUGUCUUUCAGAUCUGUCUUGACCCAAAACAAAAGACUAUAACUUUCCCCUUCAUUCAUUAAUCUCUUCCUCACCGGCGUUCAUGGACGGUGGCACGGGUCAACCACCGGCUGAUACCGAGAUGACAGAAGCUCCGUCUCAGCCUUCUCCUCAGAUGGCGGGGAUAGAGAAUAUUCCGGCGACUCUUAGCCACGGAGGGAGGUUUAUACAGUAUAAUAUAUUCGGAAACAUCUUUGAAGUCACUGCCAAGUAUAAGCCUCCGAUCAUGCCUAUUGGCAAGGGUGCUUACGGCAUCGUUUGCUCUGCUAUGAACUCUGAAACAAAUGAAAGCGUUGCUAUUAAGAAAAUCGCAAAUGCUUUCGACAAUAAGAUUGAUGCUAAGAGGACUCUCCGUGAGAUCAAGCUGCUUCGCCACAUGGAUCAUGAAAAUAUUGUUGCAAUCAGAGACAUUAUACCUCCACCUCUCAGAACUGCUUUCAAUGAUGUUUACAUCGCUUAUGAGCUAAUGGACACUGAUCUCCACCAAAUCAUACGGUCAAAUCAAGCAUUAUCCGAAGAACAUUGUCAGUACUUUCUUUACCAGAUUCUCCGUGGUUUGAAAUACAUUCACUCCGCAAAUGUGCUUCACCGUGAUUUGAAACCGAGCAAUCUCCUCCUAAACGCAAACUGCGACUUGAAGAUAUGUGAUUUCGGGUUAGCUAGAGUCAAUUCCGAGAGCGACUUCAUGACUGAGUACGUUGUCACAAGAUGGUACCGUGCACCAGAGCUGCUCUUAAACUCUUCUGAUUAUACUGCAGCGAUAGAUGUUUGGUCUGUUGGUUGUAUUUUCUUGGAGCUAAUGGACCGUAAGCCACUAUUCCCUGGCCGUGAUCAUGUUCAUCAGCUUCGCUUGCUCAUGGAGCUCAUAGGAACUCCUUCAGAAGAAGAAGUUGAGUUCUUGAACGAAAAUGCAAAGCGAUACAUAAGACAACUUCCACCGUAUCCUCGCCAGUCCAUUACUGAUAAGUUCCCCACGGUGCAUCCUUUAGCUAUAGAUCUUAUCGAGAAGAUGCUAACAUUUGAUCCUAGACGAAGAAUAACUGUUCUAGACGCUCUGGAACAUCCAUACCUGAACUCAUUACACGACAUUAGCGAUGAGCCAGAGUGCACCAUACCUUUCAACUUCGAUUUUGAGCAGCAUGCGCUCUCAGAGGAGCAGAUGAAGGAGCUUAUCUACCGUGAGGCGCUUGCUUUCAAUCCAGAGUAUCAGCAAUAGCAUCUGGAAGAUGAAGGAGCUUAUCUACCGUCAGGCGUUUGAUUUGGACAAGAUUCUUAAAUAGAGGACAAAAACAUUGUUUUUUCUGUCUAUUGUUAUACUUAUGAGAGAAUGCUUGAAUGGGAUGUGAUCAACACGACUCAAACUUUUAACUUUUUAGUCUUCUGGUGCUAUUUUUCCUCUACGUAUUUGUAAUUUGCCUUCAUUGCUCACCUUUAAUACCUCUACAAUAUGAUAUCCAUUGUCAUCUUUCUGCUUUGUAGAUUAUUGCAAUUUUGAUUCCAGUGUAUUGUUCCCCA